AUGUGGCAGUAUAUGGGCUCAGACAACUCUUCUUGCAAUAAAAGUUCUCAUUCUUCAAACAAAACUGAGAAAAUAAAAACUCACAAAACCUUCUCCAAUUUACUGUACAGGUGUCGAGAAACUGGAGCCCAUGUUGAUGAAUCCCUAUUUCCUGCAGUAGACACUAAUGAGGGAUUUCUAAUACCAAUAAAAAAACACAAAUGUAUGCAGCCAAAAGACUAUGUUGAACAAACUCCAGAAAAAAAUAGAAAGCUUCAGAGAAGACUAAACCAAAUGGCUAAAGAAUUAGCCCUACAAAAGACAGCAGUUAAUGCUGAAACAGAUGUACCAGUUUUAUUAUUUGAAGACAAUGGUUCACUUAUAUACAGUCCUGUUAAUAAGAUAAAAGCUCAGUGCAAUGCAAUGGAAAGAAGAAUAAAGGAUAUUAAGGAAAAAAGAGAGAAUCUUUCUCCUACGGGUUCACAAAUGACUCAAAGACUUCCAAGUACCUCACCAGGAGACUACUCACUUUCUACUUGUAUCUUAACUAAUUCAGAAGAUGUGUUGCUACCUGAAGAACAAAUGGAAGACUGCUUGAACUCAAGUUGUGAUUAUCUUUGGAGAACUGAGAAGAGUCAGAGAACAGAGGCAGAAGAACAUGACUGUGAUACUUGGACUGAUAUUCAUUUAUCUGUAAGUGCAUCAGUGAAUUCUCCAUCAUGUAGCAAUGAGCAGACGAGCUUAACACCAAAACAACGUGCCAGAAGUUUAACAAAGAAACAGAUUAUACAGCAUACUUUGGAUCAUAGAUUGUCUUUAGGAAAGAAAUGUUUAAAGUUUCCAAAGAAAAAUCAGAAGAACGAGAAGACCAAAACAACUUCAGUUGCAAAUAGAAGUUCUCUUCUCGAGGGCUUUGGUAAUAUUACUCUUUCUAAAAAAACAGUCCAGUUAAAUACUGUUCCUGCUUUGACUGACAGUCUCUCUAAUUCACCUAUGAGUAGUGAAGACUUAAAUACGUGUUCACUGGAUAAAAGCUUCCCUGUUGACAGAAAUGAUUGUGUUCUUAAAGACAAGAAGAGGAGGAAACUACAAACAUUACCAAGUUUUAAGCUGGCUACCUCAGAACUUCGUGCAUCAGGCUCUAAGGGGUUCUUGCAAGCAGUUACUACAUAUAGCAAGUCUUACUGCACUGAAGAGGCUUCUUAUGAAGAUUUCUUUUCAUCAUCUAAUUCAAAUGAAAAUGAAGUACAGAUACAAGUACCAAAGGAAUCACAGAAUCCUCCUGAAGUUUGUUCCAAAGACUCUUUUACAAGCAUGGACCUGCAUGAUGUGAGUUUCAGUGAGCUACAUAACUGCAUAACUACUAAGAAAAGUAGGAAUUCGUCUAUUUCCGUGAAUGAUUUUCCAGAAAAGAAAAAAAUCAAACCAGAUAAACAUCCAGGAAGCAUACCAUUAAAUAUAUCAGGUGAUGAAAAAGAUGACACUGGAGGAGCUCUAGAUACUGAUGAUAUGGACAGGCUUCCACAGCAUGCUCAUGAAAAAUCCUACAACAGUGUUAAUGACUGUGCUCAUACUGCUGGUGGUGAAAAUGAAGUGUCAGAGUGUCAUGUUACUUACGGCUCUUGCAAAAUCUUUGAUGAACAAAAGAAUAAGCACACUGGGGACUUAAGAAAAGCUGGAAGACUCCAAAAGCUAACAAGGACACUAGUUAUGACAAGUAUGUCUUCUGAGAAGGAAAAUACAGUAAUACAGAUUGUGAAUAAACUUGGAGACUUUUUGUUGUCAAAUGCAGUGUGUGAAACAACAAGUCAUGUAGUUACUGGGAGUCCUCGUCGUACCUUGAAUGUUAUGCUGGGAAUUGCUCGUGGCUGUUGGAUUGUUUCUUAUGAAUGGGUUCUGUGGUCUUUGGAAUUAGGCCACUGGAUCUCAGAGGAACCAUAUGAACUUUCAUCCAGCUUCCCUGCAGCUCCUAUCUGCAGGCUUCAGCGUCAUCUAUCAACAGGAAAAUACCAGCAGACUCUCUUUUCAAACCAGCCUGUCAUGUUUGUAUCUCCUACCAGUCGGCCAUCCUGCAAAAAGUUAAUUGAACUUAUACAGCUGUCAGGAGGGAAAAUAUGUAAAGACUUACAUCAGGCAAAAAUCUGUAUAGGAAAAAAGCCAGGGAAGAAGUACCAGGAAAUAAUAUCUUUAUCAGAAAACUGGGUAUUAGAUUCAAUCACUCAGUAUACGAUAUGUCCUAUGGAAAACUACAUUUUUCAGACGUGAGCCAACUCAAGAGCUUCCAUAUGGUUGUACAGAAACAUGCCUAGCUUGGAUUCAACAAAAAUAAUAAGCUGUGAAGGAAAUUAAAAAAAAAACCGCAAGUUACAUACUUAUAAAUACAGAGGAACUAUUUCUAUAUUUUUAGUACUUAUGCAAGAGUUCAUCUUGUGAAAUCUUUAGGUUUUGAAAUAAAGUAGUUCCCUUAUAUAAGUAA